GAGGUAACAUGGAGUGAAAACUAGGAACCCGAUUAUUUUGUAAGGUGUUUAGAAGGCUCGAAAUAAAUAAGGAAGUAAUUGGUAAUAAUUCGAUCCUAUUGUAAUUUCUUUUAUUCGAAUUAUUAAUUGUACAUUCGAGGUAAAAUUACAUCGUAUUUCCCAUAAUCACAUGCGCAAUGAUAAGAAUGAGGUUAUGAGAUCGAUCGUUUAAUAAAUAAAGAUAAGAAUUAUGCAAAUAUUGCGUCAAUUUGCACGUUAGAAGCGAUGCAUCGUUGCAAGUGCAAAUACCAAGAUGUGACGUAGCAGGAAAAGGUAAUGAAAUCGUGGUAGGAUUACCACCAGAUUCCAAAUAUGGGAAAGCCAACGAGAGUAGUCGUCUGCGGAAUGAAAGGAGUAGGAAAAACGGCAUUGCUGGAGCAACUCAUAUAUGGAAAUAUCACUCCGAAAACGGAAAUUCAUCCUACGAUAGAAGACAUCUAUGUUGCUAACAUAGAAACAGACCGCGGUACAAAAGAGAGGGUUAGAUUUUACGACACAGCGGGUUUAGAGUCGUUGCAAAGCAACGCGAACAACCAGCAGCUUCCCAGACACUACCUUGGUUUUGCAGAUGGCUACAUCUUAGUAUACGACACUACCAAACCAGAAUCUUUGGAUGUUCUAUUUCCAUUGAAGAAGGACAUCGAUAAGAACAAGGAUAAGAAAGAAAUAACGGUAAUAGUUCUAGGUAAUAAAACUAGCAAUGAAAAUAAAUCUAAUAGCUUAGAGAAUACAUCUAAUAAGGCAAGCAAUUGGUGCACCAGGGAAAAGGUAAAGCAUUAUGAGAUCAACGUAAUGGAUAGACAAACUUUGUUCGAUCCUUUCGUCUAUUUGUCGUCUAGGUUAAAUCCACCUCCGAACAAAAGUACGUUUCCUCAAUUGAGUAUGGGUAGAAAAAUGAUUAAAACUGAGACUCCGUGAGAUAAACAAUUGAUAUCGUUUAAUUAUAACUAAUAUUUGAAAGUAAUUCACUUGGCUGUGGAAAUAUAUCGUUGUAUUAAAUAUACGAUAUAUGUUACGAAGUAUAACAAAACAAAAAAAACUAUAAUGAUAUUUAAGUUUAUUUAAAAAUUUGUUCAAGGGUCUAAUCGAGUACUCUUGAUUUAGAUUAAGAAUAUCAAAGUACUUAACUAAUUUAUCUUUAUACAACAUGCAUUUUAAUACGGUCUUCCUAAGUUAUGUUAUAGAAUGCAUCGCGUAUAAUACUGAUUAAUGACAUGGUAUUUCGCUCAGAGGAUCGUAUACUCGUUUUUAAACAUCACUUUAUCUAUUAAGCAAUAUGGCUUGAAGUACUUAAGUAAAACUUUUCAUCGGUAACAACAAUAGUCAAGCUGAAGGCGAGCUACGUGCUAAAUAUGAACUUUUAUAUUGCAUUUAUCACUCAUAAGCAACAAAUUACCAUUCUAUCGGUUUUGCCAGCUGCUGUAAACGUAUACUUGUGUUAAAUACGUAAUCCCAAAUUUUAUUACUAAUACCGAAACCUACGAAGGAUAAAUCAUUAAAUAAAUACUUGUGAAAUGUAAA